GCUCCGGAAACGCGCUGCAGAGCCGCCGAGCCCUGCCAGGCGCGAGGAGCUCCGGGCGCUUCCUGCCACGCCGGGCCUGCCUGGGCCGCGGCAGCGCCCGCUCCAGCGGCCGCGCCGCUCCGCCGAGAGCUGUGCGUCGGCCGCCGCCGAGCCCGGGCGUCGUCGCGGAGCCGGAGCGUCGUCGGCCAGCCGCGGAGUCGUCGCCGGUCGAGGUGCCGCGCCGAGUGCCUCGGUGCCUCACAGGCAGGGAGUGAUUACAGCUGCACCCCCAGCAGAGGACCCCAGCACACCCAGACCACAAACGCGUGGGCAGGAGUAGCUGUUGGGGUGCCCACCUGCUUCCAGAGAGCCUUCCACUUAGAUCCAGCUUGGCUUUCUGAAAGCACCCAUGGGUGACAGCCUGCCACAGGAGAUGGCGAGUACUAGCUCCCUGCGGGGCAGUCAGCCGCCUGGGCCCGAAGCAAAGCAGAAAGGGGAUGUGGAGGGCAAGGGCGGGGCCGCCCAGAAUCUGCUCAUCGAGCAUUUCUUCUCCUGCAAAGAGUGCGGGGAUGCUUUCCGGCUCAAGGCUCUCCUGGUGCAGCACCAGCGCAUCCACAGUGAGCAGAAGGGCUGGAAGUGCCAUGAUUGCGGCAAGGUCUUCCGCAAGGUGGGCGACUUCAACGAGCACCGCAAGAGCCACAUGCCCCCGCCGCCUCCACGGGCCCCACGUCCCGGCCCAAGCCAGGCUGCAGGCCCGGCCCCAAGGCCCACCGCACCGCGCCCGGGCCCCCGACCCUCGGCCCCGCGCCCAGCACCCCGCCCAGAGCCCCGCCCGGCCCCCCGCGCCGAGGCCCGCAAGCGUGAGCGUCCAGAGAGGGAGACCAAGGCCUUCAAGUGCGAGGAGUGCGGCAAACGGUUCAAGAAGAACGCAGGCCUGAGCCAGCACCUGCGCGUUCAUAGCCGCGAGAAGCCGUGGGCCUGCGAGGAGUGCGGCCGCGCAUUCAAGAAUUAGCCCACCCUGUGGUGGCAGUGGGCAUCUUUCUUGCGUGGUGCUGCAGUCCACGUUUCCUGGGCUUUGGCCCUAUUGUGUGCCAUGUGACCCCCACCCCCUUUCCAGACCACCCAGGUCCGACCGGAACCGAAGCCCAGACUUCAGGGCAUCAACCAGCCAUCAGAGCUGCCUGGAAACCCAGAAACCCGUUGGUAAUUGGUGUUGGAAGAAAGAACAUGCCAGCCAGGACCUAGAGGGGCUGUCCCUGCGGGCACCGGCUUGAAGAACCAUAGGCCCCUGAACUGCCUCCAUCCAGCACCAUGAGUGGAGCCUGGCACAGCCACCAGACUCCCUUGACUUCGAGGCAAUUUGAGAGGGUUGCCGGUUGCCACGGUCCUCCGCAAGCCAAUUGCUGCUUCCCUUCGGCUGCUUUCCGAGAACUGUGUCUGGUUUGCCUCCAGCCCUGAUCUGGCCCACACCCCACCUGGCUGUUGUAAACACCUGUCUCGAAACAUUCCUAUGUGUGUUCGCUGGGAUGGCCGAAAGCUCUGCCUUCAAGUCUCAGAGAGCUGGCCCAAUGCCUUUGUGUCGGGGUGUUGUUCCUGUACUGAGCCUGCCUUUGCCCCAGGAAAUGAGUGAACCCGCCACUCUUCCUGUUCUUGAUUCUGGAUGGAUCUUGUUCUGUGCGGCCGAUCCAUGGAACUGGGGCCCUUUGGUACUAGUCUGCUUCUGUUCUGUGGUUCUCACUGUAUCUGUUCAGGUGUUUGCUUUCGGAUGUGGAAGUGGUCUCUUUCAUUGUGACCCCCCAAUACUGUAUGCAGACCUGAGAACCAGCGCUCAGUUCCAGUGCCCACACCCCACCCCAGUUCACGUUUUGGUUGCCAGCCCUCCUUCCUCCUGGCCUAACCUGUCUGUUCUAUGGCACUUCCUAUACUCAGCCUUGCACUAGAGCUUUUCCCCGCCCGUCCAGUUGUGAGCUCUUAGAGACGGGAUGGUCCUUUGUGUCCUGCUCCCUAGCAGAGCUAGCACAGUGCCUUGCACCAUGUAGUUUUGAAUAAAUCAAUGUUGAAUGAA